GGUAAGAAAUCGUUUUUGAACAGCAGCGCUGAUUCAACAUGGACGCAUGCGAGCAAGCCUGAUAGAAAAAGUGGAAGCGGUGUGUUUGUUGGUAAAAAUGAGCAGAGUGGCCUGCAUACUUUGUCAGCGGUCCAAAGAGACGAAGAUAACCGGAGCCUUGUCGACUAAAGAUGAAGUCACGGCUCACCAGAACUGCCUGUUAUUUUCUGCUGGUAUCUUUUGCCGGGAUUCACCACAGUUUGAUGACCUGUUUGGUUUCUCGGUGGGGGAUGUGCUGAAUGAGGUGAAACGAGGAAGCAAGCUGACCUGUAACCACUGUAAGAAAAGGGGAGCCACUGCUGGGUGUGAAGUCAAACGCUGCAAAAAGUCCUACCAUUACCCGUGUGCUCUUAAAGAGGGAGCGACGACUAUUGAAGAUGACGACCAGGGGCGCUAUGUGAUAUACUGCUCAUCUCACUCUGAGCAGCAAACACAAAAAAGUGCUUCAACAAAUGAGUUUGCCUCUUCCACCAAAAAGCCCAGAACCUCCAAAAAACUCAAAAACUCCCCAAACCCCAACGCACCUGGACCAUCUAAGGUAUGUUGCCUAACCUGUGAGAAGAGAGAAGGUAAUAUCAGCUUGGAAAGUUUGUCUAAUAGCAUUGUUAUGUCAUAUUGUGACAAACAUGCUCCUGCGUCACUUAAGAAGAACACCGACGGAGAAGGUACCGCAGCUGGAUCCUCUGUACACAGCAAUGACUCCAGCUCAUCUAACAGUACAAUGUGUAGUUCUUCCAAGAGACGGUUGAGUGACUGUGACAAGCAGGAGGAGACCCUCUUGAAACGUAAGCCUCAUCGCUGGAAGAGGAGACUCUCCGAUUCUUCAAAUUCAGUUGACAAUGACAAUAACACUCCAAUGGAUAUAUAUGCCCCAUUAGAGUCGGAUAUAGAUGAAAAUGCAAACUCCGUUCCAGAGCUCGAAACUGUGCCUGAGGUUAUCAGAAGAGACACCAAGAGUCCUGCUGGGUCUUUAUCAGGAAAUCGCAUUGGGGAUGAAUUUAAUGAUGAAGACGACACAAUCAUAGAAUCAGAUGCUGAGUCAGUGAGUCUGCUGCUUCCCGUAACGAUCUGCAUACAGACCCAGUCACUUACAAUGUCAGCUGGUGAACUCUCACCUCAGACUGAAUCUGCUCCACAUGAAGACGUUCUGGUUAAUGCAGAUGUAGAGCCGGUCGUAGAUAAACACGAGGGGUCCAGUCCUGAGCAGAACGCUGUCCAAACCCCGGGUCAACUCACCGGUGGAGCCUCUGUCUCACGCCCAAGCUCCACUGCCCCCCCUCCCUCUCCUGGCCAGUCCAAAUCUCCCCCUCCAUACUUCACCUCCCUGAAGUCUCAUACUUCACCUCCCUGCACUAGCUCGGCCAUAGCCCUGGCUCCGCCUGAACGCGCCAGUGUAUCCAUUAACUCCUCCUCUUUCUCUCCUGUGGCACUUCCCUCAAGUCCAGAGCCCAAAAUUGACUCCAGCAGCUUCUGGAAAAGCUGUAAUGCAGCGGGAUGUACAGAGGCCAUCUUCACUGACUUCCUUGAUGGCAUGAAAAAUAUCUCCAGCAAAAUCCAGUCAGAUCAGGCCAGCCAGGAGGAAUAUGAUCUUGCACUGUCAGUGAUGGCAGCUUCUGGAAAACUGUCAGAAUUUGUGGCUAAGCAGCAGGAAGAGCUACAGAAGAAACAAAUGGAACUGCAGAAGGCAGCGGCAGCGAUGAAAGAUGUCGUCUCAGCACUGAGAAAAUGAGCUGAUGAGCAGCUACUGAGUAUUAGCUA